AUGGCAAACAUCGAGAAAUCCAUCGCAACAACAACGCCUACUGUCGAACCUUCUGAUAGUAAAAUUAUGAAUGAUAUCAACACUGUGACAAAUAUAACAACCACAGUUGUUAGUGUGAACGUUAAAGAGAUCUCGACUGUAACAGAUUCCCCGAUCACUGUAAAAAUGACAUCAACUACAAAAGUGAAUGUAACUGAUAACAAAAAUGUAACAGAGCCCCCGAUGGCUGUGCCAAAGACAACAAUUGCAAGUGCGAAUGUAACAGAUAAAACCACCGUAACAGAUACACCUAUCACUGUACCAAUGACAACAACUGCAAGUGGUAAUAAAACAGAUCACACGACCAAUACAGAUAUACCGAACACUGUAGCAAAGAUAACAUCUUUGUUUUUGAAACUAGCAACAACUUUAAGCGCAAAUGUAACAGAUAUGAUCAAUGAUACAGAAUCAGUGAUCAAAGAACCAAUCAAAAAAACAAGGAGUGUUAAUGUAAAAGUGAACACUACUGUAACAAAGUCCCCGAUCACAGUACCAAAGACAACAACUUCGAGUAAGGAUGUAACAGAUAACUCGAGUAACUCAGAUAUACCGAUGCCUGUACCAGUGACAACAGCUGAAAAUGCGAAUAUACCAGAUAACACCUCUGUAACAGAUAUAUUGACCGCAGUACGAAUGAAAACAACUGCAAAAGUAAAUGUAAAUAUCACUGUAACAGAUACACCGACCACAGUACCAUUGAAAACAACUGCAAUUGUGAAUGUAACAGAUAACACCACUGUAACAGAUACACCGACAACAGUGCCAUUGACAACAACUGUAAGUGUACAUGUAACAGAUAACACCAUUGUAACAGAUACACCGAUCAAUGUGCCAAUGACAACAACUGCACGUGUGAAUGUAACAGAUAACACCACUGUAACAGAUACACAAACAACAGUGCAAUUGACAACAAAUACAAGUGUUAAUGUAACAGAUAACACCACUGUAACAGAUACACAAACAACAGCGCCAUUGACAACAAAUGCAAGUGUUAAUGUAACAGAUAACACCACUGUAACCGAUACACCAACAACAGUGCCAUUGACAACAACUGCAAGCGUUAAUGUAACAGAUACUACCAAUGUUACAGAUACACCGACAACAGUGCCAUUGACAACAACUGCAAACGUUAAUGUACCAGAUAACACCACUGUAACAGAUACACCAACAACAGUGCCAUUGACAACAACUGCAACUGUGUAUGUAACAGAUAACACCACUGUAACAGAUACACCGACCACAGUACCAAUAACAACAACUGCGAGAGUAAAUGUAACAGAAAACACCACUGUUACAGAUACUCCGACCACAGUCCAAAAAACCACAACUGCGAGUGUUAAUGUAUCAGAAAACACCACUGUAACAGAUACACCGACAACAGUACCAUUGAAAACAACUGCAAGUGUGAAUGUAACAGAUAACACCAUUGUAACAGAUACACCGACAACAGUGCCAUUGACAACAACUGCAAGUGUGAAUGUAACAGAUAACACCAAUGUAACAGAUACACCGAUCAAUGUGCCAAUGACAACAACUGCAAGAGUGAAUGUAACAGAUAACACCACUAUAACAGAUACUCCAACCAUAGUCCCCGAAACAACAACUGCAAGUGUGAAUGUAACAGAUAAUACAACUGUAUCAGAUACAAAGACCACAGUACCAAUGACAACAACUGCAAGUGUGAAUGUAACAGAUACUACCAAUGUUACAGAUACACCGACUACAGUCCCAAUGACAACAACUGCAAGUGUUAAUGUAUCAAAUAACACCACUGAAACAGAUACACCGACAAUAGUGUCAUUGACAACAACUGAAAGUGUGAAUGUAACAGAUACCACCACUUUAACAGAAACACCGACUACAGUUCCAAUGACAACAACUUUUAGUGUGAAUGUAACAAAUAACAACACUGUAACAGAUACACCGACAACAGUACUAAAGAAAACAACUGCAAAUGUUAAUGUAACAGAUAACACCACUGUAACAGAUACACCGACAACAGUGCCAUUGACAACAACUGCUAGUCUGAAAGUAACAGAUACCACCACUUUAACAGAAACACCGACUACAGUUCCAAUGACAACAACUUCGAGUGUGAAUGUAACAAAUAACAACACUGUAACAGAUACACCGACAACAGUACUAAAGGCAACAACUGCAAGUUUUAAUGUAACAGAUAACACCAAUGUAACAGAUACACCGACAACAAUGCCAUUGACAACAAUUGCAAAUACACCGUCAACAGUGCCAUUGAUAACAACUGCAAGAGUAAAUGUAACAAAUAACACAGCUGUAACAGAUACAUCGACAACAGUGCCAUUGACAACAACUGCAAGUGUGAAUGUAACAGAUACAACCACUCUAACAGAAACACCGACAACAGUUCCAUUGACAACAACUGCAAGUUUUAAAGUAACAGAUAACACCACUGUAACAGAUACACCCACAACAGUGCCAUUGACAACAACUGCAAUUGUGAAUCUAACAGAUAACACAAAUGUUACAGAUACACCAACAACAGUGCCAUUGACAACAACUGCAAGUGUGAAUUUAACAGAUAAAACCACUGUAACAGAUGCAUCGAACACAGUACCAUUGACAACAACUGCAAGUGUGAAUGGAACAGAAACCACCACUGUAACAAAAACACUGAUCACAGUACCAAAGACAACAACUCCGAGUGUGAAUGUAACAGAUAGUAACACUAUAACAGAUACACCGACCACAGUUCCAAAGGCAACAACUGGAAUUGUGAGAAUUGGAACAGAUAACAUCAAUGUAACAGAUACAACGAGCACAGUAUCAAUGACAACUACUGCGAAUGUAAAUGCAACAAAUAAUACCACUGUAACAGAUACACCGACAACAGUACUAAAGGCAACAACUGCAAAUGUUAAUGUAACAGAUAACACCACUGUAACAGAUACACCGACAACAGUGCCAUUAACAACUGCUAGUCUGAAUGGAACAGAAACCACCACUGUAACAAAAACACUGAUCACAGUACCAAUGACAACAACUCCGAGUGUGAAUGUAAGAAAUAACAACACUGUAACAGAUACACCGACAACAGUACUAAAGGCAAAAACUGCAAGUUUUAAUGUAACAGAUAACACCAAUGUAACAGAUACACCGACAACAGUGCCAUUGACAACAACUGCAAGUAUGAAUGUAACAGAUACUUCCACUCUAUCAGAAACACCGUCUACAGUGCCAUUGACAACAACUGCAAGUCUUAAUGUAACAGAAAACACCACUGUAACAGAUACACCGACAACAGUGCCAUUGACAACAACUGCAACUGUAACAGAUACACCGACAACAGUGCCAUUGACAACAACUGCAAGUGUGAAUGUAACAGAUACCACCACUCUAACAGAAACACCGACAACAGUUCCAUUGACAACAACUGCAAGUUUUAAAGUAACCGAUAACACCACUGUAACAGAUACACCCACAACAGUGCCAUUGACAACAACUGCAAUUGUGAAUCUAACAGAUAACACAAAUGUUACAGAUACACCAACAACAGUGCCAUUGACAACAACUGCAAGUGUGAAUUUAACAGAUAAAACCACUGUAACAGAUGCAUCGAACACAGUACCAUUGACAACAACUGCAAGUGUGAAUGGAACAGAAACCACCACUGUAACAAAAACACUGAUCACAGUACCAAUGACAACAACUCCGAGUGUGAAUGUAACAGAUAGUAACACUAUAACAGAUACACAGACCACAGUUCCAAAGGCAACAACUGGAAUUGUGAGAAAUGGAACAGAUAACAUCAAUGUAACAGAUACACCUAGCACAGUACCAAUGACAACUACUGCGAAUGUAAAUGCAACAAAUAAUACAGCUGUAACAGAUACACCGACAACAGUACUGAUAACAACAACUGCAAGUGUGAAUGUAACAGAAACCACCAAUGCUACAGAUACACCGACAACAGUGCCAUUGACAACAACUGCAAGCGUUAAUGUUACAUAUACCACCAGUGUAACAGAUAUACCGACAACAGUGCCAUUGACAACCAAUGCAAGCGUUAAUGUUACAGAUAACACCAAUGUAACAGAAACACCGACCACAGUAGCAUUGACAACAACUGCAAGUGUGAAUGGAACAGAAACCACCACUGUAACAAAAACACCGAUCACAGUACCAAUGAUAACUUCGAGUGUGAAUGUAACAGAUAACAAAACUAUAACAGAAACAACGACCACAGUUCCAAAGGCAACAACUGCAAUUGUGAGAAUUGGAACAGAUAACAUCAAUGUAACAGAUACACCGAGCACAGUACCAAUGACAACUACUGCUAGUAUGAAUGAAACAAAUAACACCACUGUAACAGAAACACCGACAACAGUGUCAUUGACAACAACUGCAAGCGUUAAUGUAACAGAUAACACCACUGAAACAGAUACACCGACAACAGAGCCAUUGACAACAACUGCAAGCGUUAAUGUAACAGAUACCAACACUGUAACAGAUACAACGACAACAGUGUCAUUGACAACAACUGCAAAUGUGAAUGGAACAGAUUACACCAAUGUAACAGAAAAACCGACAGCAGUUUCAAUGACAACAACUGCAAUUGUUAAUGUAACAGAUAUCACCAUUGUAACAGAUACUCCGAUCGCAGUACCAAUGAGAACAACCGCAAGUGUGAAUGUAACAGAUAACAGCACUGUAACAGAUACACCAACCACUGUUCCAACGACAACAACUGCAAGGGUUAAUGUAACAGAUAACACCACUGAAACAGGUACACAGACUACAGUCCCAAUGACAACAACUGCUAGUGUGAAUGUAACAGAUAACACCACUGUAACAGAUACACCGAUCACAGUACCAAUGGCCGUCCCAAUGACAACAACUGCUAGUUUGAAUGUAACAGAUAACACCACUGUAACAGAUACACCGAUCACAGUACCAAUGACAACAACUGCAAGUGUGAAUGUAACAGAUACCACCAUUUUAAUAGAUACACCAACAACAGUACCAAAGAAAACAACUGCAAAUGUAAAUGUAACAGAUAACACCACUGUCACAUAUAUACCGACCACAGUACCAAUAAGAACAACUUCGAGGGUAAAUGUAAUAGAUAACACCACCGUAACACAUACACCGACAACAGUACCAAUGACAAGAUCUGGAAGCGUAAAUGAAACAGAUACCACCACUGUAACAGAUACACCAACAACAUUCCCAAUGUCAAAUACUGCGAGUUUAAAUGUAACAAAUAAUACCACUUUAACAGAAAAACCGACAACAGUACCAAUGGCAACAACUACAAGAGUGAGAUUCGGAACAAUUGCAAGUGAGAAUGGAACAGAUAACACUGCUGUAACAGAUACUCCGACCACAGUACCAAUAUCAACAACUACGAGCGUGAAUGUAACAGAAAACAUCACUGUAACAGAUACACCGACUACAGUCCCAAUGACAACAACUGCAAGUGUGGAUGUAACAGAUAACAUCACCGUAACAGAUACACCGACCACAGUACCAAUAACAACAACUGCAAGUAUGAAUGCACCAGUUAACACCACUGUAACAGAUACACCGACCACAGUACCAAUGCCAACAGCUAAAAGUGUGAAUGUAACAGAAAACACCACUGUAACAGAUACACCGAUCACAGUACCUAAGACAACAACUGCAAAAACACCGACAACAGUACCAAUGGCAACAACUACAAGAGUGAGAUUCGGAACAAUUGCAAGUAAGAAUGGAACAGAUAACACUGCUGUAACAGAUACUCCGACCACAGUACCAAUAACAACAACUACGAGCGUGAAUGUAACAGAAAACAUCACUGUAACAGAUACACCGACUACAGUCCCAAUGACAACAACUGCAAGUGUGAAUGUAACAGAUAACAUUACCGUAACAGAUACACCAACAACAGUACCAAUAACAACAACUGCAAGUAUGAAUGUAACAGAUAACACCACCGUAACAGAUACACCGACCACAGUACCUAAGACAACAACUGCAAGUGUGAAUGUAACAGAUAACACAACCGUAACAUAUACACCGCCCACAGUACCUAAGACAACAACUGCAAGUGUGAAUGUAACAGAUAACACCACCGUAACAGAUACACCGACCACAGUACCAAUAACAACAUCUGCAAGUGUGAAUGCAACAGAUAACACCACUGUAACUGAUACACCGACCACAGUACCUAAGACAACAACUGCAAGUGUGAAUGUAACAGAUAACACCACCGUAACAGAUACACCGACCACAGUACCUAAGACAACAACUGCAAGUGUAAAUGUAACAGACAUCGACACCAUAACAGAUACACCGACCACAGUACCAAUAACAACAACUGCAAGUAUGAAUGCACCAGUUAACACCACUGUAACAGAUACACCGACCACAGUACCAAUGCCAACAGCUAAAAGUGUGAAUGUAACAGAAAACACCACUGUAACAGAUACACCGAUCACAGUACCUAAGACAACAACUGCAAAAACACCGACAACAGUACCAAUGGCAACAACUACAAGAGUGAGAUUCGGAACAAUUGCAAGUAAGAAUGGAACAGAUAACACUGCUGUAACAGAUACUCCGACCACAGUACCAAUAACAACAACUACGAGCGUGAAUGUAACAGAAAACAUCACUGUAACAGAUACACCGACUACAGUCCCAAUGACAACAACUGCAAGUGUGGAUGUAACAGAUAACAUCAACGUAACAGAUACACCGACCACAGUACCAUUAACAACAACUGCAAGUAUGAAUGCAACAGUUAACACCACUGUAACAGAUACACCGAUCACAGUACCAAUGCCAACAGCUGCAAGUGUGAAUGUAACAGAAAAUACCACUGUAACAGAUACACCGAUCACAGUACCUAAGACAACAACUGCAAAUACACCGAUCACAGUACCUAAGACAACAACUGCAAAAGUGAAUGUAACAGAUAACACCACCGUAACAGAUACACCAACCACAGUACCAAUAACAACAACUGCAAGUAUGAAUGCAACAGAUAACACCACCGUAACAGAUACACCGACCACAGUACCUAAGACAACAACUGCAAGUGUGAAUGUAACAGAUAACACCACCGUAACAGAUACACCGACCACAGUACCAAUAACAACAUCUGCAAGUGUGAAUGCAACAGAUAACACCACUGUAACUGAUGUAACAAAUAAUACCACUUUAACAGAAACACCGACAACAGUACCAAUGGCAACAACUACAAGAGUGAGAUUCGGAACAAUUGCAAGUGAGAAUGGAACAGAUAACACUGCUGUAACAGAUACUCCGACCACAGUACCAAUAACAACAACUACGAGCGUGAAUGUAACAGAAAACAUCACUGUAACAGAUACACCGACUACAGUCUCAAUGACAACAACUGCAAGUGUGGAUGUAACAGAUAACAUCACCGUAACAGAUACACCGACCACAGUACCAAUAACAACAACUGCAAGUAUGAAUGCAACAGAUAACACCACUGUAACAGAUACACAGAUCACAGUACCAAUAACAACAACUGCAAAUACACCGAUCACAGUACCUAAGACAACAACUGCAAGUGUGAAUGUAACAGAUAACACCACCGUAACAGAUACACCGACCACAGUACCUAAGACAACAACUGCAAGUGUGAAUGUAACAGAAAACACCACUGUAACAGAUACAUCGAUCACAGUACCUAAGACAACAACUGCAAGUGUGAAUGUAACAGAUAACACCACCGUAACAGAUACACCAACAACAGUACCAAUAACAACAACUGCAAGUAUGAAUGUAACAGAUAACACCACCGUAACAGAUACACCGACCACAGUACCUAAGACAACAACUGCAAGUGUGAAUGUAACAGAUAACACCACCGUAACAGAUACACCGCCCACAGUACCUAAGACAACAACUGCAAGUGUGAAUGUAACAGAUAACACCACCGUAACAGAUACACCGACCACAGUACCAAUAACAACAUCUGCAAGUGUGAAUGCAACAGAUAACACCACUGUAACUGAUACACCGACCACAGUACCUAAGACAACAACUGCAAGUGUGAAUGUAACAGAUAACACCACCGUAACAGAUACACCGACCACAGUACCUAAGACAACAACUGCAAGUGUAAAUGUAACAGACAUCGACACCAUAACAGAUACACCGACCACAGUACCAAUAACAACAACUGCAAAUAACACGACUGUAACUGAUACACCGACCACAGUACCUAAGACAACAACUGCAAGUGUGAAUGUAACAGAUAACACCACCGUAACAGAUACACCGACCACAGUACCUAAGACAACAACUGCAAGUGUGAAUGUAACAGAUAACACCACUGAAACAGAUACACCGACUACAGUCCCAAUGACAACAACUGCUAGUGUGAAUGUAACAGAUAACACCACUGUAACAGAUACACCGAUCACAGUACCAAUGGCCGUCCCAAUGACAACAACUGCUAGUUUGAAUGUAACAGAUAACACCAAUGUAAUAGAUACACCGAUCACAGUACCAAUGACAACAACUGCAAGUGUGAAUGUAACAGAUACCACCAUUUUAAUAGAUACACCAACAACAGUACCAAUGAAAACAACAGCAAAUGUAAAUGUAACAGAUAAAACCACUGUCACAUAUAUACCGACCACAGUACCAAUAAGAACAACUUCGAGGGUAAAUGUAAUAGAUAACACCACCGUAACACAUACACCGACAACAGUACCAAUGACAACAUCUGGAAGCGUAAAUGAAACAGAUACCACCACUGUAACAGAUACACCAACAACAUUCCCAAUGUCAAAUACUGCGAGUUUAAAUGUAACAAAUAAUACCACUUUAACAGAAACACCGACAACAGUACCAAUGGCAACAACUACAAGAGUGAGAUUCGGAACAAUUGCAAGUGAGAAUGGAACAGAUAACACUGCUGUAACAGAUACUCCGACCACAGUACCAAUAACAACAACUACGAGCGUGAAUGUAACAGAAAACAUCACUGUAACAGAUACACCGACUACAGUCCCAAUGACAACAACUGCAAGUGUGGAUGUAACAGAUAACAUCACCGUUACAUAUACACCGACCACAGUACCAAUAACAACAACUGCAAGUAUGAAUGCAACAGUUAACACCACUGUAACAGAUACACCGACCACAGUACCAAUGCCAACAGCUGCAAGUGUGAAUGUAACAGAAAACACCAUUGUAACAGAUACACCGAUCACAGUACCUAAGACAACAACUGCAAAAACACCGACAACAGUACCAAUGGCAACAACUACAAGAGUGAGAUUCGGAACAAUUGCAAGUGAGAAUGGAACAGAUAACACUGCUGUAACAGAUACUCCGACCACAGUACCAAUAACAACAACUACGAGCGUGAAUGUAACAGAAAACAUCACUGUAUCAGAUAAACCGACUACAGUCCCAAUGACAACAACUGCAAGUGUGGAUGUAAAAGAUAACAUCACCGUAACAGAUACACCGACCACAGUACCAAUAACAACAACUGCAAGUAUGAAUGCAACAGUUAACACCACUGUAACAGAUACACCGACCACAGUACCAAUGCCAACAGCUGCAAGUGUGAAUGUAACAGAAAACACCACUGUAACAGAUACACCGAUCACAGUACCUAAGACAACAACUGCAAGUGUGAAUGUAACAGAUAACACCACUGUAACAUAUACACCGAUCACAUUCCCAAUGUCAAAUACUGCGAGUUUAAAUGUAACAAAUAAUACCACUUUAACAGAAACACCGACAACAGUACCAAUGGCAACAACUACAAGAGUGAGAUUCGGAACAACUGCAAGUGUGAAUGUAACAGAUAACACCACUGUAACAGAUACACCGAUCACAGUACCUAAGACAACAACUGCAAGUGUGAAUGUAACAGAUAACACCACCGUAACAGAUACACCGACCACAGUACCUAAGACAACAACUGCAAGUGUGAAUGUAACAGAAAACACCACCGUAACAGAUACACCGAUCACAGUACCUAAGACAACAACUGCAAGUGUGAAUGUAACAGAUAACACCACCGUAACAGAUACACCAACCACAGUACCAAUAACAACAACUGCAAAUACACCGAUCACAGUACCAAUAACAACAACUGCAAGUGUGAAUGCAACAGAUAACACCACUGUAACUGAUACACCGACCACAGUACCUAAGACAACAACUGCAAGUGUGAAUGUAACAGAUAACACCACCGUAACAGAUACACCGCCCACAGUACCUAAGACAACAACUGCAAGUGUGAAUGUAACAGAUAACACCACCGUAACAGAUACACCGACCACAGUACCAAUAACAACAUCUGCAAGUGUGAAUGCAACAGAUAACACCACUGUAACUGAUACACCGACCACAGUACCUAAGACAACAACUGCAAGUGUGAAUGUAACAGAUAACACCACCGUAACAGAUACACCGACCACAGUACCUAAGACAACAACUGCAAGUGUAAAUGUAACAGACAUCGACACCAUAACAGAUACAUCGACCACAGUACCAAUAACAACAACUGCAAGUAUGAAUGCAACAGAUAACACCACUGUAACAGAUACACCGACCACAGUACCUAAGACAACAACUGCAAAUACACCGAUCACAGUACCAAUAACAACAACUGCAAGUGUGAAUGCAACAGAUAACACCACUGUAACUGAUACACCGACCACAGUACCUAAGACAACAACUGCAAGUGUGAAUGUAACAGAUAACACCACCGUAACAGAUACACCGACCACAGUACCUAAGACAACAACUGCAAGUGUGAAUGUAACAGAUAACACCACCGUAACAGAUACACCGACCACAGUACCAAUAACAACAUCUGCAAGUGUGAAUGCAACAGAUAACACCACUGUAACUGAUACACCGACCACAGUACCUAAGACAACAACUGCAAGUGUGAAUGUAACAGAUAACACCACCGUAACAGAUACACCGACCACAGUACCUAAGACAACAACUGCAAGUGUAAAUGUAACAGACAUCGACACCAUAACAGAUACACCGACCACAGUACCAAUAACAACAACUGCAAAUAACACCACUGUAACUGAUACACCGACCACAGUACCUAAGACAACAACUGCAAGUGUGAAUGUAACAGAUAACACCACCGUAACAGAUACACCGACCACAGUACCUAAGACAACAACUGCAAGUGUGAAUGUAACAGAUAACACCACCGUAACAGAUACACCGACCACAGUACCUAAGAUAACAACUGCAAGUGUAAAUGUAACAGAUAUCGACACCAUAACGGAUACACCGAUCACAUUACCGAUAACAACAACUGCAAGUGUGAAUGUAACAGAUAUCGAAACCUUAAUAGAUAAACCGACAACAGUGGCAUUGACGACAACUGUAAGUGUUAAUGUAACAGAUAUCACCACUCUAACAGAAACACCAACUACAGUUCCAAUGACAACAGCUGCAAAUACACCAACAACAGUGUCAUCGACAACAACUGCAAGUGUGAAUGUAACAGAUAACACCACUGUAACAGAUGCACCGAUCACAGUACCAAUGACAACAACUUCGACUGUGAAUGUAACAUAUAACAACACUAUAACAGGAACACCGACCACAGUUCCAAAGGCAACAUCUGCAAUUGUGAGAAUUGGAACAGAUAACAUCAAUGUAACAGAUACACCGACCACAGUACCAAUGACAACUACUGCGAGUGUGAAUGCAACAAAUAACACCACUGUAUCAGAUACACCGACAACAGUACCAAUAACGACAACUGCGAGUGUAAAUGUAACAGAUACAACCAAUGUUACAGAUACACCGACAACAGUGCCAUUGACAACAACUGCAAGCGUUUAUGUUACAGAAUACACCAAUGUAACAGAAACACCGACCACAGUACUAUUGACAACAACUACAAGUGCUAAUGUAACAGAUAACAACACUGUAACAUAUACACCGACCACAGUGCCAUUGACAACAAUUGCAAUCGUAAACGUAACAGAUAACACCACUGUAACAGAUACACCGACAACAGUGCCAAUAACAGCAACUGCAAGUGUGAAUGUAACAGAUCUUUCCAAUGUUACAGAUAGACCGAACACAGUGCCAUUGACAACUGCAAGUUUUAAUGUAACAGAUAACACCAAUGUAACAGAUACACCGACAACAAUGCCAUUGACAACAAUUGCAAGUAUGAAUGUAACAGAUACUUCCACUCUAUCAGAAACACCGACUACAGUACCAAUGACAACAACUGCAAGUCUUAAUGUAACAGAAAACACCACUGUAACAGAUUCACCGACAAUAGUUCCAAUAACAAUAACUGCAAGUGUUAAUGUAACAAAUAACACCACUGUAACAGAUACACCGUCAACAGUGCCAUUGACAACAACUGCAAGAGUAAAUGUAACAAAUAACACAGCUGUAACAGAUACACCGACGACAGUGCCAUUGACAACAACUGCAAGUGUGAAUGUAACAUAUACCACCACUCUAACAGAAACACCGACAACAGUUCCAUUGACAACAACUGCAAGUUUUAAAGUAACAGAUAACACCACUGUAACAGAUACACCGACAACAGUGCCAUUGACAACAACUGCAAGUGUGAAUGUAACAUAUACCACCACUCUAAUAGAAACACCGACAACAGUUCCAUUGACAACAACUGCAAGUUUUAAAGUAACAGAUAACACCACUCUAACAGAUACACCGACAACGGUGCCAUUGACAACUGCAAGUUUUAAUGUAACAGAUAACACCACUGUAACAGAUACACCGACAACAGUGCCAUUGACAACAACUGCAAUUGUGAAUAUAACAGAUUACACAAAUGUUACAGAUACACCAACAACAGUGUCAUCGACAACAACUGCAAAUAAAACCACUGUAACAGAUGCAUCGAACACAGUACCAUUGACAACAACUGCAAGUGUGAAUGGAACAGAAACCACCACUGUAACAAAAACACUGAUCACAGUACCAAUGACAACAACUCCGAGUGUGAAUGUAACAGAUAGUAACACUAUAACAGAUACACCGACCACAGUUCCAAAGGCAACAACUGCAAUUGUGAGAAUUGGAACAGAUAACAUCAAUGUAACAGAUACAUCGAGCACAGUACCAAUGACAACUACUGCGAAUAUAAAUGCAACAAAUAAUACCACUGUAACAGAUACACCGACAACAGUACUGAUAACAACCACUGCAAGUGUGAAUGUAACAGAAACCACCAAUGUUACAGAUACACCGACAACAGUGCCAUUGACAACAACUGCAAGCGUUAAUGUUACAGAUACCACCAAUGUAACAGAUACAUCGACAACAGUGCCAUUGAUAAGAACUUCGAGUGUGAAUUUAACAGAUAACACCACUGUAACAGAUACACCGACAACAGUGCCAUUGACAACCAAUGCAAGCGUUAAUGUUACAGAUAACACCUUUGUAACAGAAACACCGACCAGAGUAGCAUUGACAACAACUGCAAGCGUUAAUGUAACAGAUAACACCACUGUAAUACAUACACCGACAACAGUGCUAUUGGCAACAACUGCAAGCGUUAAUGUAACAGAUUACACCAAUGUAACAGAUAAACCGACAACAGAGCCAAUGACAACAACUGCAAGUGUGAAUGUAACAGAUAACACUAAUCUAACAGAUACACCGACAACAGUGCCAUUGACAACAACUGCAAGUGUGAAUGUAACAGAUAACACCAAUCUAACAGAUACACCGCCAACAGUACCAAUAACAACAUCCGCAAGUGUGAAUGGAACAAAUAACCCCACUCUAAGAGAUACACCGACAACAGUGCCAUUUAAAACUGCAAGUUUUAAUGUAACAGAUAUCACCACUGUAACAGAUACACCGACAACAGUGCCACUGACAACAACUGCAAAUACACCGACAACAGUGCCACUGACAACAACUGCAAGUGUGAAUGUAACAGAUAACACCAAUGUAACAGAUACACCAACAACAGUGCCAUUGACAACAACUACAAGUGCUAAUGUAACAGAUAACACCAAUGUAACAGAUACAUCGACCACAGUGCCAUUGACAACCACUGGAAGUGUUAAUGUAACAAAUCACACCACUGUAACAGACACACCGACAACAGUGCCAUUGACAAAAACUGCUAGUGUGAAUGUAACAGAUAUCACCACUCUAACAGAAACACCGACAACAGUGCCAUUGACAACAACUGCUAGUGUGAAUGUAACAGAUAUCACCACUCUAACAGAAACACCGACAACAGUGCCAUUGACAACAACUGCUAGUGUGAAUGUAACAGAUAACACCACUGUAACAGAUACACCGACAACAGUGCCAUUGACAACAACUGCAAGUGUGAAUGUAACAGAUAACACCAAUAUAACAGAUACACCGACAACAGUGCCAUUGACAACAACUGCAAAUACACCGACAACAGUGCCAUUGACAACAACUGCUAGUGUGAAUGUGACAGAUAUCACCACUCUAACAGAAACACCAACAACAGUGCCAUUGACAACAACUGCUAGUGUGAAUGUAACAGAUAUCACCACUGUAACAGAUACACUGACAACAGUGCCAUUGACAACCACUGCAAUUGUGAGUAUAACAGAUAACACAAAUGUUACAGAUACACCAACAACAGUGCCAUUGACAACAACUGUAAGUGUACAUGUAACAGAUAACACCACUGUUACAGAUGCAUCGAACACAGUUCCAUUGACAACAACUGCGAGUGUGAAUGGAACAGAAACCACCACUGUAACAAAAACACCGAUCACAGUACCAAUGAUAACAACUUCGAGUGUGAAUGUAAUAGAUAACAAAACUAUAACAGAAACACCGAUCACAGUUCGAAAUGCAACAACUGCAAUUGUGAGAAUUGGAACAGAUAACAUCAAUGUAACAGAUACACCGAGCACAGUACCAAUGAAAACUACUGCUAGUAUGAAUGCAACAAAUAACACCACUGUAACAGAAACACCGACAACAGUACCAAUAACAACAAUUGCAAGCGUUAAUGUAACAGAUACAACCAAUGUUACAGAUACACCGACAACAGUGCCAUUGACAACAACUGCAAGCGUUUAUGUAAUAGAUAACACCACUGAAACAGAUACACCGACAACAGAGCCAUUUACAACAACUGCAAGCGAUAAUGUUACAGAUAACACCAAUGUAACAGAAACACCGACCACAGUACCAUUGACUACAACUGCAAGUGUUAAUGUAACAGAUAACACCACUGUAACAGAUACACCGACCACAGUGCAAUUGACAACAACUGCAAGCGGAAAGGUAACAGAUAACACCACUGUAACAGAUAAACCGACAACAGUGUCAAUGGCAACAACUUCGAGUGUGAAUGUAACAAAUAACCCAACUCUAACAGAUACGCCGACAACAGUGCCAUUGACAACAACCGCAAGUGUUAAUGUAACAGAUAACAACAAUGUAACAGAUACACAGACAACAGUACCAAUGAGAACAACUGUAAAUGUAACAUUUAACACCAUUGAAACAGAUACUCCGAUCGCAGUACCAAUGAGAACAACCGCAAGUGUGAAUGUAACAGAUAACACCAAUGCAACAGAUAGUCCGAUCACAGUACCAAUGAGAACAACUGCAAUCGUUAAUGUAACAGAUAACACCACUGUAACAGAUAACACCAAUGCAACAGAUACACCGAUCACAGUACCAAUAACAACAACUGCAAGCGAAAAGGUAACAGAUAACACCACUGUAACAGAUACACCAACAACAGUGCCAUUGACAACAACUGCAAGCGUUAAUGUAACAGAUACUAACACUGUAACAGAUACAACGACAACAGUGUCAUUGACAACAACUGCAAGUGUGAAUGGAACAGAUUACACCAAUGUAACAGAAAAACCGACAGCAGUGUCAAUGACAACAACUGCAAGUGUGAAUGUAACAGAUAUCACCAACCUAACAGAUACACCUACAACAGUACCAAUAACAACAACCGCAAGUGUGAAUAUAACAAAUAACCCCACCCUAACAGAUACGCCGUCAACAGUGCCAUUGACAACUGCAAGUGUUAAUGUAACAGAUAUCACCACUGUAACAGAUACACCGACAACAGUACCAAUGAGAACAACUGCAACUGUAAAUGUAACAGAUAAAACCAUUGUAACAGAUACUCCGCUCACAGUACCAAUUAGAACAACUGCAAGUGUUAAUGUAACAGAUAACACCACUGUAACAGAUACACCAACCACAGUUACAAUGACAACAACUGCAAGGGUUAAUGUAACAGAUAACACCACUGUAACAGUUACACCGACUACAGUCCCAAUGACAACAACUGCUAGUGUGAAUGUAACAGAUAACACCACUGUAACAGAUACACCGAUCACAGUACCAAUGGCAACAAAUGCAAGUGUUGAUGUAACAGAUAACACCACUGUAACAGAUACACCGACUACAGUCCCAAUGACAACAACUGCUAGUGUGAAUGUAACAGAUAAAACCACUGUAACAGAUACACCGAUCACAGUAUCAAUGACAACAACUGCAAGUGUGAAUGUAACAGAUACCACCAUUUUAAUAGAUACAUCAACAACAGUACCAAUGACAACAACUGCAAAUGUAAAUGUAACAGAUAACACCACUGUAACAGAUACACCAACAACAUUCCCAAUGUCAAAUACUGCGAGUUUAAAUGUAACAGAUAAUACCACUUUAACAGAUACACCGACAACAGUACCAAUGACAACAACUACAAGAGUGAGAUUCCGAACAAAUGCAAGUGGGAAUGGAACAGAUAACACUGCUGUAACAGAAACUCCGACCACUGUACCAAUAACAACAACUACGAUCGUGAAUGUAACAGAAAACAUCACUGUAACAGAUACACCGACUACAGUCCCAAUGACAACAACUGCAAGUGUGGAUGUAACAGAUAACAUCACUGUAACAGAUACACCGACCACAGUACCAAUGUCAACAGCUGCAAAUAACACCACCGUAACAGAUACACCGACCACAGUACCUAAGACAACAACUGCAAGUGUAAAUGUAACAGAUAUCGACACCAUAACAGAUACACCGACAACAGUACCAAUGUCAACAGCUGCAAGUGUGAAUGUAACAGAAAACACCACUGUUACAGAUACACCGAUCACAGUACCAAUGACAACAUCUGCAAGCGAGAAUGUAACAGAAAACACCACUGUAACAGAUACACCGAUAACAGUGCCAUUGACAACAACUGCAAGUGUGAAUGUAACUGAUAACACCACCGUAACAGAUACACCGACCACAGUACCUAAGACAACAACUGCAAGUGUAAAUGUAACAGAUAUCGACACCAUAACAGAUACACCGACAACAGUACCAAUAACAACAACUGCAAAUACACCGACAACAGUGCCAUUGACGACAACUGUAAGUGUUAAUGUAACAGAUAACACCACUGUAACAGAUACACCGACAACAGUGCCAUUGACAACAACUGCAAGUGUGAAUGUAACAGAUAUCACCACUCUAACAGAAACACCAACUACAGUUCCAAUGACAACAAUCGCAAGUUUUAAUGUAACAGAUAACACCACUGUAAGAGAUACACCCAUAACAGUGCCAUUGACAACAACUGCAAUUGUGAAUAUAACAGAUUACACAAAUGUUACAGAUACACCAACAACAGUGCCAUUGACAACAACUGCAAGUGUGAAUGUAACAGAUAACACCACUGUAACAGAUGCAUCAAACACAGUACCAUUGACAACAACUGCGAGUGUGAAUGGAACAGAAACCACCACUGUGACAAAAACACCCAUCACAGUACCAAUGACAACAACUUCGAGUGUGAAUGUAACAAAUAACAACACUGUAACAGGAACACAGACUACAAUUCCAAAGGCAACAACUGCAAUUGUGAGAAUCGGAACAGAUAACUUCAAUGUAACAGAUACACCGACCACAGUACCAAUAACAACAACUGCAAGUGUAAAUGUAACAUAUACAACCAAUGAUACAGAUACACCGACCACAGUGUCAUUGCCAACAACUGCAAGCGUUAAUGUAACAGAAAACACCACUGUAACAGAUACUCUGACAACAGUGCCAUUGACAACAACUGCAAUCGUUAAUGUUACAGAUAACACCAAUGUAACAGAAACACCGACCACCUUACCAUUGACAACAACUGUAACUGAUACACCGACCACAGUACCUAAGACAACAACUGCAAGUGUGAAUGUAACAGAUAACACCACCGUAACAGAUACACCGACCACAGUACCUAAGACAACAACUGCAAAUACACCGAUCACAGUACCAAUGACAACAACUGCAAGCGAAAAGGUAACAGAUAACACUACUCUAACAGAUACACCAACAACAGUGCCAUUGACAACAACUGCAAGCGUUAAUGUAACAGAUACCAACACUGUAACAGAUACAACGACAACAGUGUCAUUGACAACAACUGCAAGUGUGAAUGGAACAGAUUACACCAAUGUAACAGAAAAACCGACAGCAGUGUCAAUGACAACAACUGCAAGUGUGAAUGUAACAGAUAACACUAAUCUAACAGAUACACCGACAACAGUGCCAUUGACAACAACUGCAAGUGUGAAUGUAACAGAUAUCACCAACCUAACAGAUACACAGCCAACAGUACCAAUAACAACAACCGCAAGUGUGAAUGUAACAAAUAACCCCAUUCUAACAGAUACGCCGUCAAUAGUGCCAUUGACAACUGCAAGUGUUAAUGUAACAGAUAUCACCACUGUAACAGAUACACCGACAACAGUACCAAUGAGAACAACUGCAACUGUAAAUGUAACAGACAACACCAUUGCAACAGAUAAUCCGAUCACAGUACCAAUGAGAACAACAGCAAGUGUUAAUGUAACAGAUAACAUCACUGUUACAUAUAUACCGACCACAGUACCAAUGACAACAACUGCAAGUGUGAAUGUUACAGAUAACACCACCGUAGCCGAUACAACGACAACAGUACCAAUAACAACAUCUGCAAGUGUGAAUGUACCAGAUAACACCACCGUAACAGAUACACCGACCACAGUACCAAAGACAACAACUGCAAGUAUGAAUGUAACAGAUAACACCACUGUAACAGAUAUAUCGAUCACAGUACCAAUAACAACAUCUGCAAGUGUGAAUGUAACAGAUAUCGACACCUUAACAGAAACACCGACCACUGUGCCAUUGACAAAAACUUCAAGUGUGAAUGUAACAGUUAACACCAACGUAACAGAUAAACCGACAACAAUACCAAUAAGAACAACUGCAAGAGUGAAUAUAACAGAUUCCACCAAUGUUACAGAUACACCGACUACAGUCCCAAUGACAACAACUACAAGAGUGAGAUUCGGAACAAUUGCAAGUGGGAAUGGAACAGAUAACACUGCUGUAACAGAUACUCCGACAACAGUACCAAUAACAACAAUUUCGAGCGUGAAUGUAACAGAAAACACCAAUGUAACAUAUACAUCGACCACAGUAUCAAUAACAACAACUGCGAGUGUCAAUGUAACAGAUAAAAUCACUGUAACAGAUUCACCGACCACAGUACCAAUGACAACAGCUGCAAGUGUGAAUGUAACAGAGUACACCACUGUAACAGAUACACCGACCACAGUACCAAUGACAACAACUGCAAGUGUGAAUAUAACAGAUAACACCAUCGUAGCCGAGAUACCGACAACAGUACCAAUGACAACAUCUGCAAAUACACCGACAACUGUGCCAUUAACAACAACUGGAAGUGUUAAUGUAACAGAUAACACCAGUGUAACAGAUAAAAAGACAACAGUGCCACUGACAACAACUGCAGGUGUGAAUGUAACAGAUAUCACCACUGUAACAGAAACACCGACCACAGUUCCAAUGACAACAACUGCAAGUGUGAAUGUAACAGAAACCACCACUGUAACAAAAACACCGAUCACAGUACCAAUGACAACAACUACCAGUGUGAAUGUAACAGAUAACAAUACUAAAACAGAAACACCGACCACAGUUCCAAAGGCAACAACUGCAAUUGUAAGAAUUGGAACAGAUAACAUCAAUGUAACAGAUAAACCGAGCACAGUACCUAUGACAAUUACUGCUAGUGUGAAUAUAACAAAUAACACCACUGUAACAGAUAUACCGACAACAAUACCAAUAACACCAACUGCAAGUGUGAAUGUAACAGAUACCACCAAUGUUACAGAUACACCGACAACAGUGCCAUUGACAGCAACUGCAAGCGUUAAUGUAACAGAUAACACCACUGUAAUAGAUAUACCGAAAACAGUGUCAUUGACAACAACGUCGAGUGUGAAUGUAACAGAUAACAACAAUGUAACAGAUACACCGACUACACUACCAAUGACAACUACUGCGAGUGUGAAUGCAACAAAUAACACCACUGUAACAGAUACACCGACAGCAGUACCAAUAACAACAACUGCAAGUGUGAAUGUAACAGAUAAAAACAAUGUUACAGAUACACCGACAACAGUGCCAUUGACAACAACUGCAAGUGCUUAUGUAACAGAUAACACCACUGCAACAGAUACACCGACAACAGUCCAAAUGACAGCAACUGCUAGUGUGAAUGUAACAGUUAACACCACUGUAACAGAUACACCGAUCACAGUACCAAUGACAACAACUGCAAUUGUUAAUAUAACAGAUAACACCACUGUAACAGAUACACCGGCCACAGUCUUAAAGACAACAACUGCUAGUGUGAAUGUAACAUAUAACACCACUGUAACAGAUAAACCGACUACAGUCCCAAUGAAAACAACUGCUAGUGUAAUUGUAACAGAUAACACCACUGUAACAGAUACACCGACUAUAGUCCCAAUGACAACAACUGCUAGUGUGAAUGUAACAGAUAACAACACUGUAACAGAUGCAUCGACAACAGUGCCAUUGACAACAACUGCAAGCGUUAAUGUAACAGAUAACACCACUGUAAUAGAUACACCGAAAACAGUGCCAUUGACAACAACUUCGAGUGAGAAUGUAACAGAUAACAACAAUGUAACAGAUACACCGACCACAGUUCCAAAGGCAACAUCUGCAAUUGUGAGAAUUGGAACAGAUAACAUCAAUGUAACGGAUACACCGACCACACUACCAAUGACAACUACUGCGAGUGUGAAUGCAACAAAUAACACCACUGUAACAGAUACACCGACAACAGUACUAAUAACAACAACUGCAAGUGUGAAUGUAACAGAUAACACAACUGUAACAGAAAUACCGACCACAGUACCAAUGACAACCACUGCGAGUGUCAAUGGAACAGAUAACACCACUGUAACAGAAAUACCGACAACAGUACCAAUGACAACAGCUGCAAGUGUUAAUAUAACAGACAACACCACUGUAACAGAAAUACAGGCCACAGUACCAAUGACAAUUACUGCGAGUGUGAAAGGAACAGAUACCACCACUGUAAAAGAUACACCGAUCACCGUACCAAUAAGAACAACUGUAAGUGUGAAUGGAACAGAUAACACCAUUGUGACAGAUACACCGACAACAGUACCAUUGACAACAACUGCAAAUGUGAAUGUAACAGAUACCACCAUUGCUACAGAUACGACGACCACAGUACAAAUGACAACAUCUGUCAGUGUUACAAUAACUGCAAGUGUGAAUGUAACAGAUACCACCACUGUAACAGAUACACCGAUCACCGUACCAAUGAGAACAACUGUAAGUGUGAAUGGAACAAAUAACACCACUGUAAUAGAUACAACGACCUCAGUACAAAUGAGAACAACUGUAAGUGUGAAUGGAACAGACAACACCACUGUAACAGAUACACCAACCACAGUACCAAUGACAACAACUGCAAGUGUUAAUAUAACAGACAACACCACUGUAACAGAAAUACAGGCCAUAGUACCAAUGACAAUAACUGCGAGUGUGAAAGGAACAGAUACCACCACUGUAACAGAUACACCGAUCACCGUACCAAUAAGAACAACUGUAAGUGUGAAUGGAACCGAUAACACCACUGUAACAGAUACACCGACCUCAGUACCAAUGAGAACAACUGUAAGUGUGAAUGGAACAGAUAACACCUUUGUGACAGAUACACCGACAACAGUACCAUUGACAACAACUGCAAGUGUGAAUGUAACAGAUACCACCAUUGUAACAGAUACGACGACCACAGUACCAAUGACAACAUCUGUCAGUGUUGCAACAACUGCUAGUGUGAAUUUAACAGAUACCACCACUGUAACAGAUACACCGAUCACCGUACCAAUGAGAACAACUGUAAGUGUGAAUGGAACAAAUAACACCACUGUAAUAGAUACACCGACCUCAGUACCAAUGAGAACAACUGUAAGUGUGAAUGGAACAGAUAACACCAUAGUGACAGAUACACCGACCACAGUACCAAUGACAACAAUUGCUAGUGUGAAUGUAACAGAAAACACCACUGUAACAGAUACACCGACCACAGUACCAAUGACAACAACUGCGAGUGUCAAUGUAACAGAUAACACCACUGUUACAGAUACACCGACCACAGUUCCAAAGGCAACAACUGCAAUUGUGAGAAUUGGAACAGAUAACAUCAAUGUAACGGAUACACCGACCACACUACCAAUGACAACUACUGCGAGUGUGAAUGCAACAAAUAACACCACUGUAACAGUUACACCGACAACAGUACUAAUAACAACAACUGCAAGUGUGAAUGUAACAGAUAACACAACUGUAACAGAAAUACCGACCACAGUACCAAUGACAACCACUGCGAGUGUGAAUGGAACAGAUAACACCACUGUAACAGAAAUACCGACAACAGUACCAAUGACAACAGCUGCAAGUGUUAAUAUAACAGACAACACCACUGUAACAGAAAUACAGGCCACAGUACCAAUGACAAUAACUGCGAGUGUGAAAGGAACAGAUACCACCACUGUAACAGAUACACCGAUCACCGUACCAAUAAGAACAACUGUAAGUGUGAAUGGAACAGAUAACACCAUUGUGACAGAUACACCGACAACAGUACCAUUGACAACAACUGCAAAUGUGAAUGUAACAGAUACCACCAUUGUUACAGAUACGAAGACCACAGUACCAAUGACAACAUCUGUCAGUGUUACAAUAACUGUAAGUGUGAAUGUAACAGAUACCACCACUGUAACAGAUACACCGAUCACCGUACCAAUGAGAACAACUGUAAGUGUGAAUGGAACAAAUAACACCACUGUAAUAGAUACACCGACCUCAGUACCAAUGAGAACAACUGUAAGUGUGAAUGGAACAGAUAACACCAUAGUGACAGAUACACCGACAACAGUACCAUUGAAAACAACUGCAAGUGUGAAUGUAACAGAUACCACCAUUGUAACAGAUACGACGACCACAGUACCAAUGACAACAACUGCUAGUGUGAAUGUAACAGAUACCACCACUGUAACAGAUACACCGACCACAGUACCAAUGACAACGACUGCGAGUGUGAAUGGAACAGAUAACACCACUGUAACAGAAAUACCGACCACAGCACCAAUGACAACAACUGCGAGUGUGAAUGAAACAGAUAACACCACUGUAACAGAUACACCGACCACAGUACCAAUGAGAACAACUGCAAGUGUCAAUGUAACAGAAAACACCACUGUAACAGAUACACCGACCACAGUGCCAAUGACAACAACUGCGAGUGUCAAUGUAACAGAUAACACCACUGUAAUAGAUACACCGAAAACAGUGCCAUUGACAACAACUUCGAGUGUGAAUGUAACAGAUAACAACACUGUAACAGAAACACCGACCACAGUUCCAAAGGCAACAACUGCAAUUGUGAGAAUUGGAACAGAUAACAUCAAUGUAACGGAUACACCGACCACACUACCAAUGACAACUACUGCGAGGUUGAAUGCAACAAAUAACACCACUGUAACAGAUACACCGACAACAGUACCAAUAACAACAACUGCAACUGUGAAUGUAACAGAUAACACAACUGUAACAGAAAUACCGACCACAGUACCAAUGACAACCACUGCAAGUGUGAAUGGAACAGAUAAUACCACUGUAACAGAAAUACCGACAACAGUACCAAUGACAACAACUGCAAGUGUGAAUUCAAUAGAUAACACCACCGUAAAAGAUACACCAACCACAGUACCAAUGACAACAACUGCGAGUGUGAAUGUAAUAGACAACACCACUGCAACAGAUACACCGACCACAGUACCAAUGACAACAACUGCUAGUGUGAAUGGAACAGAUAACACCACUGUAACAGAUACACCAACCACAGUACCAAUGACAACUACUGCAAGUGUUAAUAUAACAGACAACACCACUGUAACAGAAAUACAGGCCAUUGUACCAAUGACAAUAACUGCGAGUGUGAAAGGAACAGAUACCACCACUGUAACAGAUACACCGAUCACCGUACCAGUAAGUGUGAAUGGAACCGAUAACACCACUGUAAGAGAUACACCGACCUCAGUACCAAUGAGAACAACUGUAAGUGUGAAUGGAACAGAUAACACCAUUGUGACAGAUACACCGACAACAGUACCAUUGACAACAACUGCAAUUGUGAAUGUAACAGAUACCACUAUUGUAACAGAUACGACGACCACAGUACCAAUGACAACAUCUGUCAGUGUUACAACAACUGCGAGUGUGAAUGUAACAGAUACCACCACUGUAACAGAUACACCGAUCACCGUACCAAUGAGAACAACUGUAAGUGUGAAUGGAACAAAUAACACCACUGUAAUAGAUACACCGACCUCAGUACCAAUGAGAACAACUGUAAGUGUGAAUGGAACAGAUAACACCAUAGUGACAGAUACACCGACAACAGUAACAUUGAAAACAACUGCAAGUGUGAAUGUAACAGAUACCACCAUUGUAACAGAUACGACGACCACAGUACCAAUGACAACAACUGCUAGUGUGAAUGUAACAGAUACCACCACUGUAACAGAUACACCGACCACAGUACCAAUGACAACAACUGCGAGUGUGAAUGGAACAGAUAACACCACUGUAACAGAAAUACCGACCACAGCACCAAUAACAACUGCGAGUGUGAAUGAAACAGAUAACACCACUGUAACAGAUACACCGACCACAGUACCAAUGAGAACAACUGCGAGUGUCAAUAUAACAGAAAACACCACUGUAAAGGAUACACCGACCACAGUACCAAUGACAACAACUGCGAGUGUCAAUGUAACAGAUAACACCACUGUAACAGUUACACCGAUCACAGUACCAAUGAGAACAACUGCGAGUGUCAAUGUAACAGAUAACACCACUGUAACAGAUACACCGACCACAGUACCAAUGACAACAACUGCAAGUGUGAAUGGAACAGAUACCACAACUGUAAUAGAUACACCAACAACAGUACCAAUGACAACAACUGCUAGUGUGAAUGGAACAGGUAACACCACUGUAACAGAUACACCGAUCACAGUACCAAUGGCAACCACUGCGAGUGUGAAUGUAACAGAUACCACCACUGUAACAGAUACACCGAUCACAGUACCAAUGGCGACCACUGCGAGUGUGAAUGUAACAGAUACCACAACUGUAAUAGAUACACCAACAACAGUACCAAUGAGAACAACUGCGAGUGUGAAUGGAACAGGUAACACCACUGUAAAACAUACACCGACCACAGUACUAAUGAGAACAACUGCGAGUGUGAAUGGAACAGCUAACACCACUGUAAAACAUACACCGAUCACAGUACCAAUGACAACAACUGCGAGUGUGAAUGGAACAGGUAACACCACUGUAAAUCAUACACCGAUCACAGUACCAAUGACAACAACUGCAAGUGUGGAUGUAACAGGUAACACCACUGUAACAGAUACACCGAUCACAGUACCAAUGACAACAACUGCUAGUGUGAAUGGAACAGGUAACACCACUGUAAAACAUACACCGACCACAGUACCAAUGACAACAACUGCAAGUGUGGUUGUAACAGGUAACACCACUGUAACAGAUACACCGACCACAGUACCAAUGACAACAACUGCGAGUGUGAAUGUAACAGAUAACACCACUGUAACAGAUACACCGACCAUGGUUCCAAUGACAACAACUGCUAGUGUGGAUGUAUCAGAUAACACCACUGUAACAGAUACACCGACCACAGUUCCAAUGACAACAACUGCGAGUGUAAAUGGUACAGAUAACACCACUGUAACAGAUACACCGACCAAAGUACCCAUGAGAACAACUGCGAGUGUGAAUGGAGUAGAUAACACCACUGUAACAGAUAGACCGACCACAGUACCAAUGAGAACAACUGCGAGUGUGAAUGUAACAGGUAACACCACUGUAAAACAUACACCGACCACAGUACCAAUGACAACAACUGCGAGUGUGGAUGUAACUGGUAACACCACUGUAACAGAUAGACCGAUCACAGUACCAAUGACAACAACUGCGAGUGUGAAUGGAACAGCUAACACCACUGUAACAGAUACACCGACAACAGUACCAAUGACAACAACUGCGAGUGUGAAUGUAACAGGUAACACCACUGUAACAGAUACACCGACAACAGUGCCAAUGACAACAACUGCUAGUGUGAAUGGAACAGAUAACACCACUGUAACAGAUACACCGACCACAGUACCAAUGAGAACAACUGCGAGUGUGAAUGUAACAGGUAACACCACUGUAACAGAUACACCGACAACAGUACCAAUGACAACAACUGCUAGUGUGAAUGGAACAGAUAACACCACUGUAACAGAUACACCGACCACAGUAACACCACUGUAA